AGUGCGCACGCUCAGAGCCUUCUUCCACACCCCGCCCCUGCAGGGCGCACGGUGGUGACGUGUACAGUCCACGACGCUUUCGGUGAUCCAACCUCUGGGCUAACCUAACCCCGGCGCCAUGGCCUCUGCCGGGGUGGCAGCCGGGCGACAGGCGGAGGAUGCUUUGCCGCCAACGUCCGACCAGCCGCUGCCGGACAGCAAGCCGCUGCCGCCUCCUCAGCCGCCGCCGCCGGUCGCUGCGCCUCAACCUCAGCAGUCGCCGGCGCCGCGGCCUCAGUCACCGGCCCGUGCGAGGGAGGAAGAGAACUACUCCUUUUUACCUUUGGUUCACAGCAUCAUCAAAUGCAUGGACAAGGACAGCCCCGAGGUCCACCAGGACCUGAACGCCCUCAAAACCAAGUUCCAGGAGAUGCGCAAGCUCAUCAGCACCAUGCCCGGCAUCCACCUGAGCCCCGAACAGCAGCAGCAGCAGCUGCACAGCCUCCGGGAGCAAGUCAGGACCAAGAACGAGCUUCUGCAAAAGUACAAGAGCCUCUGCAUGUUUGAAAUCCCCAAGGAGUAGCCCGAGGCCGACUUCCGGGAGCACCUGAGAAAGAGGGGAAGCAAAUGGCCUGUCACCCCACGGCCACCCCCCCGGCCGAACGCUUGUUGGGGCACAGUUCCUGUGGACCCCAGCUCAGAACUUCAAGCUGCAGGGGACGGGGUUCCUGUGCUGUGCGAGUCGCCUGUGCGGGAGCCAGCGCCGAGCUUGGCUGUGCUGGGGCUUCCUUGUGUAGAUCCAUAUGUCUAGAUGCAUAAUAACUGGAGUGCCUGCCGGUGCAAGUCAGAACGCUCCUGGAGGCUGCGGAGCGGGUGGAGGACUCUCCCCUGCCUCUGGGGAGGGGGCCAUCUGCUGCGCGUCCAGCCCCACUGACAGAUCUGAAGAACACAGUAGGAAGGAGGCGGCUCCUCUCUGCUUCCUCCCCUCCCCUCCUCCCACCCCCAUAGGAUCAGUGUGUACCAGGUACAUAUUGUUCCUGUUAGCAGCAGCUUCUUGAAACAUUUGCAUAGAAUCCACUGGACAAAUUAAGCCUGCACUCAUAUGGCGUAGAGCUGUGAGAGAAUGUUUUGAAAGGCCAGAGGGUGGCUUUUUUCCCAGUUUGGUUCCUUUUCUGUUUGAGCCGUGAAGGAGCUAUAGCUGUGGGGGUGUCAGCCCACAGCCCUGCCAGGCAGCCCCUGCUGCAGCUUCCCUCUUCCUAGCGCUCUCCUCUCCGUCAGCCCUUGCUCUCUUCCUCUCUCGGCACCUUCGGUCAGUGCCCAGGAGUGGCCAGACCACUUCCCAUCUGCAGUGCUUCGCCAGGGCUGGCAAGGGGCCGUCCUUUCCACUCAGGCUGGAAGAGGUCUUCAGGCGAACAGACCUUCCCUCUUCUGCCAUUUCAGAUUCCCAUUGCCCUGGUGAAAAGGUCUUUCCCUUCUGGCCUUCUCACUUGUGGCAGCGAUGUGUACUGUGCUGCAGAGGGGUUCAUGAUGCACCUUGUGUUCAGAGAGGGGCAGCUCGGGGGGGCAGUUCGGGUGGUCCCCAGCCAUGAGCUAGGCCUGACAGUGACACAGCCGAGUUUGAGCUCUUAAAGGUUCAUAGCAGCCCUCAUUUCACCAGCGUCCCUGAUUGCUUCCGGAUGGGACAUUUUCUUUGUGUGCUCUCCCUUGACUCAGAUUGAGGUAAGAGUAGUUCUCACCCUUGCCUCUCCAAGAGGAGGUGCGAAGUCCUGGAGUGUUGUUUGGGUCUAGGAAUGGGCACGUAACCUGCGCUGACCACUUUGGGGGCUUAGCAGAUGCCCGCCAACUGACCUCGUUGGCAGGAGGACUGGGUAGAGAUGUUUUUAGCAGAGCUGCCAUUAGUGUCCAACUGCAGCCACCUGUCAGAAAGUGGGUGGCAUAUUGGGGACCUGGGGGUGUGUGAAGGAGGAGACCAGAUUUCAGUGGCUUUGCACAGAAAAGUAGGCUCUGGAUUCAAGUGGGUGGUCACCUGUUAGACCAGUUCUACCUUGGGACUGUUAUUUAACUGAAUCAGUUAUUUCCUUGAAAUUUCACAGUAGUGGGUGGGCCAGUUUUAAGGCUCUGGCAGAUACCAUGAAACAUGAAGCACAUGGAAAUCCAAGACCCUCGGAGUCUGUCUGAAUGCAAGGCUGAAACAAACAAGGGCUCCUCACCGGGGUGGAGGGAGCCGGAGCCUACCUUGUGUUCCUGUUUUGACUUGUGACAUUUUUCAAAUGCGUAAUUAAAGGGACUUGUGCUCCGCUGUCUCAGGA